AGGUGAGCCUCCCAGGAUGUUCCGCGCAGAAGUGGAUUUCUCCAAGUGAGUUGCCUGCCAUUCCCGCAAUGGAGGGUCUGUGGUGCUAUCUCUUCUACCUCUACGGGGUCCUUGUGGACGCUCUCUCCUUGUGUGAGGGUCCCACGAAGCUGCAUGCCAGCGAGCUGAACCGCGAUCAGUAUAUCGGCAGGUGGUUCUUCAUCGCAGCCGCUGCGGCAUCACCUUCCUCACUGGCGACGUUUGCCAGCACUGACAGCAGCCUCUUCAAGAUGACACAAAGCAGCAGCCCAGAGCGGUUGCAACUGGAGGCUGCCAUCCGACUGAAGACAGGCCAAUGUGUUCCCAGAUCAUGGAUUUACUUACUUAAGGAGCAGAGUGCUGAUCUGGCUACAGAAGGCCGCCCUCACAUGAGAACAGAGCUGUUCUCUGGCAAGUGCCCCGACUCCAUCAUUGUCCAGGAAACAGACCGAGACUACCAGAGGAUUCUUCUGUAUUCCCGAGUCCUCCACCCUGCUGAGGGCUGUAUUUCUGAUUUCAAAGGCAAAGCUUCCUGCCUUGACAUGAACGAAUUCCUGCUUAUACCCAGAACCCAAGGUGCCUGUGAAUUCCAAGCAUCUUGACCUCGAACUCCUUGGCUUUGGACCCACUGCGGCAGGACUUAACCGUACACAGAAGUUCGUUUGCCUCACUCACCGGAGGAACGGGUGGUUUUACAUGUCCUGUGGUGUUGAAUAAAAUUCCUUUGAGCCAAAAGUGGA